AUGCUCCUCGCCGGCGCCCUCGCGCUCUCUUGGCUUGUUUCUCAGUCUGUCUUGGCGCAGCUUUCUCUACCCGAGCCUCCGUACACGCCACCUGACGCGUCUCUGGGUACAGAGGCUUCCAACGGCUCUACAUCUAAUACCCAAUGGUCUAAUCUGCUCAGCAACCUACUGUACUUCUACGACGAACAAAGGAGCGGGAAAUUACCCUCCAACGAACGCGUCUCAUGGCGCAACGACAGCGCGCUCGACGACGGUUCUGACGUGAACCUCGAUUUGUCGGGCGGAUACUAUGACGCUGGAGACUAUGUCAAGUAUACCUUCCCUCUGUCAUUCAGCCUGAUGUCCAUCUGCUGGGGAGCUCUGGACGCUGGCCAAGGCUACGAACUCGCCAACCAAACUGCCUACCUCGACGACAUGCUCCGCUGGGGGCUUGACUGGAUGAUCAAGGCGCAUCCUUCGGCUAACACGCUCUACGUGCAAGUCGGCGAUGGCAACUUGGAUAAUGCAUACUGGGGAGGCGAUAGGGACAUACCUGGACCCCGCCCGUCCUAUCAGAUCAACGAUACCAGCCCCGGGACGGACGCCGCCGCCCAGGCGUCGGCAGCUUUUGCGGCGUGUUCCGCGUUGUAUUCGAACCGCACGCUAUCCACAUCGACAUCUACCACGGCCCUCGGGAAUAGCAGCUAUGCAUCGACGUUACAAAGCCAUGCCCGUGCACUCUACGACUUCGCGACAAAUGCCACGGGGGGUAUGCAGACAUACCAGACUGCCGUUCCUCAAUCAGGCGACGCCUACGCGUCCUCCGCGUAUUCAGACGAACUUGCUAUCGCGGCGUUAUUCCUUGCGCUCACAGAGACAUCGAACGCCACGGCCUACUAUGCAGACGCGGUGAAGUGGUAUUACUCGGACAACCUAGGUUCUCAACUCAAGGCGGGCGACGAAACUGUCUUCAACUGGGACGCGAAGACACCCGGAAUAGCGGUUCUGGGCGCCCAAGUGGCGUCUUCCUAUCCCGACGUAGUCUCGGGAAGUAAUGCUACAUUGUCUGUGUGGCAGAGCGCGGUCGAAGGCUACUUCGGAGCCAUCGUGAACGACACCGGCAGAUCGCACCUCACCGACGGCGGCCUACUCCUUUUCCCCGGCGACUCCGACGAGGCCUCGCUCAACCCGGCACUCAACGUCGCGAUGCUCAUGAUGCGCUACGCGCUCGCGAACCUCACCACCAGCCCCACCGUGAACGACAGAUACACCGCCUUUGCACAAGGCCAGCUCAACUACGCGCUCGGCAAGAACCCCAUGUCCGUCCCCUACGUCGUCGGCACGCACCCCAACUCGCCCGCGAACCCGCACUCCGCGAUCUCCACCGGGUACGCCCCAGCGGGCGCGAACGCCUCCCUCUCCGCCCCAGACGACCUCGACACCACCCCGGCGCAGGAGGCGUACGUGCUCUACGGCGGGCUCGUCGGCGGACCGGACGCACAGGACCGAUUCUGGGACCUGCGCAGCGACUGGGUGCAGAACGAGGUCGCGCUCGACUACAGCGCGCCGCUGCUCACGCUCGCGGCGCAGGCGCUCGUGCGCGGGGUGGGCGACCCGUAUUACACGCAGGUGGAGGCGGGGGCGUAUGCGGCGGUGCGGCCGGGGGGGACGCCGUGCGAUGCGGCGAUCAGGACGGGGUGCAGCACGAAGGGCGGGCUGAGCAAGGGGGGCAAGAUCGCGAUUGCGGUCGUGGUCACUGUCGUGGGCCUGAUCAUCGUCGGGCUCGGGGCGUACUGGAUCUGGCGGGCGAGGGGGAACGGAAGAUACUGA